AUGGCAAACAAAGCAGUCUUUUCAAUAGGCUCAGACUGGCUUGGACAAGGAGAAUUGUUAUUCGCCUGGCAGCGUUCAGACUCUCUAGUUGCAGUAUGUGGCAGCAGUGGAAUUGUGCAUAUUCUUGACCGCCAAGGCAAAAAAUACACUGAGCUUUCCCUCCCUGAGAACCGCCCACUAAAGGAACUUGACUGGGACAAAGAUGGAGAAGCAGUUGCAAUUCUCCAAGAAGGCCUCACCUACGUCCUCGUCUGAAAUAUAAACACCCGCAAUUACACCCAGCUAGAAAUCGGGUCAAAUGACCGUCCGAGUUUCAUCAAAUGGAGCAAGGUUCAGCCAGUCCUCGCAAUUGGCUCAGAAAAAGGAGGCCUAGUCUUCUAUAACAAAGGAACUCAGCGCAAAAUCCCGACCGUCGGCAAGCACUCAAUGAAGGUCAUAUCAGGUGACUGGUCAAAAGAUGAUCUUUUAAUAACAGGAAGCGACGAUAAGACUUUGACAAUUUCUACUAUGAACGGAGACACCAAAAUGCAGAGCUCGCAAAUAAAGGCCCAACCUUGGAACUUAAAAUGGGGUAAUGCAGGAAUGGCAACUAUGAUGCUAAAAGACCAAUGUUUAUUGGCUUAUUUUACAAAUGAUAACUUAUCCUCUAUAGAAAUUUCUUUUCAGCAGCAUUAUGGACGGCUUUUGACUUAUGAGUGGUUUAGUGAGGAUAGGAUUAUAGCAGGAUUUAGUGAAGGCUGGGUUGUAGCAAUAACUACACAUUUAGCGGAAAUGGGGAAUGAGAUAAAUUCAGUGAAGCUUUUUAAUACGACACUCGAUGCUAUUUGUGUAUGCAAAAGUUUAGGGAAGGUGGCUAUUGCAGGGGAUAAUUCAAUUAGGAUUUUGGCUUUGUCAAAUUUUAAGGAAAGUAGGAGUGACAAAAUUGAGCUGGCUUUUGAGGAUGGGAGGAUUACGAAAAUGUAUUGGACUGAUGACGGACAAAUUUUGACGGCAGCUACCACAGGUGGGAAAUUGCUGAACUUUUUGAUGAUUAUGCCUUCUCUUUCGAGCUCUUUUGGGACUUUGGUAGGCCUUUUGACGUCUUUGACUGAAAUUUCAGUUAUUGAGUGUUCAGGCGGGGUAAGAGUUAUCAAUAAAGUUACCUUGGAGACUGAGCCUUCUAUUAUGUGCUUAGGACCUUUCCAUAUAGGUGUAGGAAUUAAUGCCAGUGUAUGGUACUACAGAUGAAGAGACCACAAAAAAGACCUAAUUGACGGCGGAGUCUGUGUAAGAAAAAGGGAUUACCGCGGCAGCGCCAAAAGUAUGGUAAUUAACCAUGCCUGGACCGCUACUCUUUCUGAUGGGAUUUGUUCUCUGCAUUUAAUAGAAAACGACGACCCUAAAGCAGAAAAGCAGUUUCCUGAAGGAAAUGAUGAAAAAGUCGCUUGCAUCGCUAUGAGCCCAAGUUUCUUGUUUAUUGGCGACGCUUCUAAUAGGAUUAGAUGCUUUUCGCUAGAAGAUAUGAAUUUUGUAAGUGAAUAUAGGAUGGAAUCCCCAAUAGCGGCUGUAUAUCCAAGCCAAACCGGCACUAAAGUGGUUGUCAAAGACGUGACUGGGGCUGGAUUUUUAUACACCCCAGCUAAUGAAAAAAGACUCAGCAUUCCCAAUUUUUCAAGCAGCGUGCUUAAAGUGAUAUGGGACACGUCUGACCAAAAUUUAUUUGUCAUUUGUGAAGCUGAAAAAGUUCUGGCGUUUCUUUAUAGUCCGGUAACACUAUAUGGGGCUACUAUAGAGCCAGUAAGGGAGCUUUUAUCUGUAGAAGAUUUGGAUAAGAAUUUAAGGGAGUCUGUGACUAUUAUAGAAAAAGGCCAAAAACCGGUGCUGCUUUUUAAUGGAAUUUUAUUUUGCUUAUCUGAAUCACAAGGGAAUGUCAAAGGAAACUUUUUGUCAAGCCACACGUACUUGAACCAAUGGAGAGGCAGAAGUGAUACCCCAGAAGGCCAUUAUAAAUUUUUCUUGCAAAAUUUAUCGCUAAAGCGGUUUCAACAGUGCUUUUUGGUAGCAGAAAAGCUGGGAGGAGUAAAAAUCCCUGAGGUGCUAGGAAAUUUAGCCUUGCAAAAUCUUGAUCUUGAGGUAGCUGAGCGCGCUUAUCAGAUUUCUAAAAAUGUAGGGAUGGUGUAUGCUAUUAAAAAUAUGAAGCAUGAGAGUGAAAAACAGAUUUUACUUGGAAAUGUCGCUUUAAUUUUACAUCAGCAUGAUUUAGCUCAAGAUUUGUAUAUGAAAUCCUCACAGCCGAAGCUAGCUUUAGAAAUGAGAUGUGACCUACGUUAACAUUAGAUUAUAGAGUAGCUCGCUUUCAGGAUCCUAAAAUUCUUAUUCCUUCUAUAAAGCAUUACUCGCCUGCUUGCUAGCAAUCGUAGCACAACCUUCAAAGUGUUAUUCCUACGAACGCGGGCUUGAGCACACUCUCCGGUAGUAGAAAAGUUUGGGUCACCGUGCUGCACUCAACGGGGCUGGCUUCGAGGAAGCGAAAAAACAAAUUUUCUGGUUGCCGGUCAGCCAGAUGGAAAUUCAUAGCUCAGGAGCAAUGCCUAGUAUUGCGCUGGGUAAAAUUCCUGAUCGGCCAGGAGGAACCUCGCUUUUACUGCUGGAACACCCCUUUCCAACUCAAAACUCCAUCUUGACCUGGAAUGAGCUGCGGUCGGCCUAAUCCGACGUUGCGCUCUAUCAAAUCAAGUAAAACCUGGCCAGAAACACAUUACCGAACGCCAUCCUCCCUUACACAAGGUUCCUCGGUCUCCCCAGCUUCAGGUGCUAAGAGGGUGAGCUGGCUCACCAUGCCAUAUAAUAUAUAUGAGUUAUGACCUACAGGACUGAAUUAUUGCCUUACAGCUUGCCAGAUCUGUAGCUCCAGAAGAAGAACCAAUCAUUAGCAAACAGCUGGCUUUACAAUUAGAAGCCCAAGGAAAUUAUUCUGAAGCUUUACGACUAUUUGAAAGAGCAGCUCAGAGCAUGCAAGGCUCAGGACUAUCUUCUCAAGAGCUGAACCAAAAUCUUAUGCAGAGUUACGCAGGAAUGGCCAGGACCAGCAUAAGAAAUGGCGACAUCACCCGAGGCAAUAAAAUUGCUUUAGAACUGAACGAUCCCCAGCUAAAAGUAGACUGUGCCCAAGUAUGUGAACAAAUGAAGCAUUACAUUGAAGCUGCUCAGCUCUACAAAAGUGGAGGACAGCCUGAAAAAGCAGCCAGCUUAUAUAUCAGGCUGAAAAAAUGGAAAGAAGCUCUUGAACUUAUGAGCGUCAUUAAGACCCUAAAACUAUAUACAUAAAAUGGCUGGAGACGAGCGACCCGUCCCUCGUGGCGGGUGUCCUUAUGUAUACCGGACGUGGUUUUUGGAUGCAGAGAGCUACUCAAGGGAAGAGUUAGCCUCGAGGCGAGGCCCAGCCCAAUUUCCACUGAUUUGGGACUUGACCCGGGCAGCAGUUUUUCGCAUUCUUUUUGCCAGUAGCGCCGAGGCCCAGACUCGGUGUCCGAAAGUGCAGGGUGAGUUACCUGCCUAGGCUACUUGGUGGCUUCGCCCCGAGUUCUUUCUCGGAGCUAAUCCGGAAAAGAGGGGAAGGCGAGGCUUGACUCAGAUUCUCAAGGGCAUAAGUCUCUCCAGUUAAAAGGGUCCCUGAAAAAGGGGCGAUCUGGUCGAGCUAAGCAGGGUUGGGUAAUGCUGGCGCCUAGGUUGGAAAUGGUGGUUCCUGGCAAAAUCCGUAUUACUCGGAUCAGGAGGGAAAUACCACUACCAAGAAACCGGGGUUUGGGCCGGCCUAGAUUAGCCUUGGGGGAGCCCACCCUGCAGCGGUCGCUGCGGAACGCAUGGUACUUCGAAGUAGGGACUAUAAAUAUAAAGUGCAUAAUCUAAUCUAAUCUAAUCUAAGACCCCAAAACUCCUUAUUCAGUUGGCCAAAGCUAAAGAAGCUGAAAAUUCUUUUAAAGAAGCAGAAGAAGCUUAUGAAAAGGCUGGGGAUUUCGAAAGCGUGAUAAGACUUAAUCUUGGGACACUUGAUAACCCAGACAGAGCUAAAACUUUAAUAAAAACAAAAUGCCCAACUACAGCUGCAGCUUCUAUGAUGGCUGAUUAUUUAAUUGACAAAGGCAAAAAAGAAGAAGCCUUGGAAUUUUUAAUUAUGGCUGAGAGAAAACAGGACGCUUCCGUAUUAGCUCAAAGCAAUAAGUUAAUAGAAAAAUACUCAAAAAUUGUACUAGAAAGAGAUGAUAAAAAUGUAGAAGAGCAUGUGAAAAUUGCGCUUGUUGCUGAAGGACAAGAUAAGCCUUGGCUAGCUGCUAGGCAUUAUGAGAAAGCAGGGAAUCUGCAGAAAUGCUUGCAGCUUUAUAUGCAGGCUGGGGAGGAGUAUUAUGAUGAAGCUAUAGAUAUGGCGGGAAGAGCCAAAAGCGACGUAAUUUCUAUGCAAUUAUAUGACUUUUUUAUGGGAGAAAUGGGGGAUGGGAUUCCAAAGGACCCUAAGUACAUUUUUAGGCUAAAUUUAGUGAUGGGAAGGCUUAAAGAAGCUGCAAAUACUGCAAUAAUUAUAGCCACUGAAGAGAUGGAAGCAGGAAACUAUAAAAAAGCUCACACCAUAUUAUACGACACCACAAAACGCUUAAGAGAAGAAGGCCAAAGAGUUCCUCAAGCAAUGCAGAAUAAGCUCAUGAUCGUCCACUCCUAUGUCAUUGUAAAAAGGCUCGCCAAGCUGCAAGACCAUUUAGCCGCUGCCAAACUUUUGAACCGAGUUGGCAAGAAUAUUUCUCAAUUCCCAGCCCACACUGUACAAAUCCUAACAUCUACAGUCUUAGAAUGCACCAAAGCUGGGCUUAAAGAAGCUGCUUACAACUGGGCCUGUGUGCUGGUUAGGCCUGAAUAUAGAGUGUAUUUAGAUGAAAAAUACAAGAAACCUAUUGAAAAAGUAGCAAUUAAAAGGCCAAAAGUUGCUGACCCAGAGGAGACAACUUCUCAGUGUCCGUUUUGUAAUGCUUAUAUUUUUGAUUAUGAAUUAGAGUGUGAGAGCUGCAAGAACUCGAUUCCUUACUGUGUUGCAUCAGGAAAGCAUAUGAUUUUGAAGGAAUGGAGCCAAUGUCCAAAUUGUAAAUUCCCUGCAAUAUUGUCAGAGUUGGUCAGGUCGUUGGAGUCUGAGCCGACCUGUCCUAUGUGCAACCAAAGUAUAACUUCUGGCCAGCUGAAGUUGUUGCCAGACCCAGUGAGUGAAUUAAGGUCAAUGAUGGAUAAAGCUGAAAAUGAAGGAGAAGAAGGGGAAGAAGAGAAUCAAGCAAGAUAUUAG